GAGGCAGCGGGUACGGGCCUAGUUGAGUGGAGGGGCACCAAGAUGGCGGCGGAGACAGUGGAGCUCCAUAAGCUGAAGCUUGCAGAGCUAAAACAAGAAUGCCUUGCUCGUGGUUUGGAGACCAAAGGAAUAAAGCAAGAUCUUAUUAAUAGACUCCAGGCAUAUCUUGAAGAACAUGCUGAAGAGGAGGCAAAUGAAGAAGAUGUACUGGGAGAUGAAACAGAGGAAGAAGAACCAAAGCCAAUAGAACUGCCUGUCAAGGAAGAAGAACCCCCUGAAAAAAGCGUUGAUGUGGCAGCAGAAAAGAAAGUGGUAAAAAUUACAUCUGAACUACCACAAACUGAGAGAAUGCAGAAGAGAGCUGAACGAUUCAAUGUACCUGUAAGCUUGGAGAGUAAGAAAGCUGCUCGGGCAGCUAGGUUUGGGAUUUCUUCGGUUCCAACAAAAGGUCUGACAUCUGACAUCAAGCCUUCAGUUAAUUUGGAUAAAUUAAAGGAAAGAGCUCAAAGAUUUGGUUUGAAUGUCUCCUCAAUCUCCAGAAAGUCUGAAGAUGAUGAGAAGCUAAAAAAGAGGAAGGAACGAUUUGGGAUUGUCACAAGUUCAGCUGGAACUGGGACAACAGAAGAUACAGAGGCAAAGAAGAGGAAAAGAGCAGAGCGCUUCGGCAUUGCUUGAUAAGAGUUCUUGAUGCUUUUGUUACCCAGUGGUUCCAUUCUUCCUGAUCACAUAUAUAUAUAUAACUAAAUGCACAGUUAUGUGCUUAUGUCCUGCCUCGCUAUGAGGAAGCAUGUACCCAGGUACAUCGUGAACUCCAACAGCAGUUUGACUUAACUGCUGUUCCAACUUUAAGAUUGUUGUGUUUUUCUUUUUAAUUAUUUUGCUUGUUAAUAAAAAAACAGAAAAGA